AAAAGAGAAGUAGGAGAUGGGAGAAGCGGAGAUGGAUAGUAAUUUGGUGAUUAUAAUCGGGGCGGGGAUUUGUGGAUUAGCGACAGCCCUCGCUCUUCACAAGAAGGGAAUUAAAAGUUUAGUAUUCGAGAGAUCAGAAAAUUUAAGGAACACCACCGGAACAGCAAUCGGAAUCCUCCGAAAUGGCUGGCGUGCUCUGGAUCAGCUUGGCGUCGCCGACGUUCUCCGCCGCACCGCUUUCCCUAUUCUUAGCCAUGUCCAGGGAACGAAUGAUUUUACUCGAUGGGAUGAAGCAACAAGUAAUGCCGAUGAAAGGCGAAAGUCGUUCCUUGAAAAGGAAGGAUCUUUUAGACGCUCUAUAUGCUGCACUUCCACCCGCCACUGUCAAGUUUGGAUGCGAGCUUGAAUCCAUAAAAUUGGACCCGAAAACUACAAGACCGAUUCUUCGAUUCAUUGAUGGAAGCUCCAUUAUCGCCAAGGCUGUAAUUGGUUGCGAUGGAGCCAAAUCAAUCGUUGCUGAAUUCCUUAAUCUCAAGCCUACCAAGAUGUUCCCCUUACGUAGCGUUAGAGGUUUAUCAAACUACCCAAAUGGUCAUUCGUUUGAGUAUGAGCUUUAUCGUAUCACAAAAGACAACAAUCUUGUCGGAAGAGUUCCAAUUGAUAAUAACUUGGUCUACUGGUUUUGUCCGCAACCAAAUGUUCCCGGAGAUGAAAGAAUCUGGGAAGAUCCAGAGGCAAUACGACAAUCAACCUUGGAGUUGUUAGGUGAUUUUCCCGAAGAAAUUAAAGAAAUGAUUGAAAUAGCGGAUGCAAAUUCAUUGUCUUUUACACAUUUAAGAUAUCGUGCACCAUGGGACUUGCUAAGGGGGACGUUUUAUAAAGGAAGAGUGACAGUUGCUGGGGACGCUAUGCAUGUGAUGGGUCCUUUUCUAGGGCAAGGUGGUUCAGCUGGGUUAGAAGAUGCGGUGGUGUUGGCUAGGAACUUGGCUCAAGUGGGUUUGGACAAUGUGGAAGAAGCGUUUAAUCUCUACGUAAAAGAACGAAGAAUGAGGGUGGUUCGAUUAUCUUUGCAGACGUACCUCACGGGUAUGGUAAUGGGAACCUCUUCACUUGUAAAGAGGCUUAUUUGUAUUGUGUUCCUGUUUCUUCUCUUCCACAACCCGAGUGUGCAUGUAGAUUAUGAUUGUGGUCGUCUUUAAUGUGUUAGACAGAUCUUUAGACUCGGAUGUUACUAACAAGUUUACUUAAAAGGAUUAGGACAAAUCUGUGAACC